AUAAGAUGCAACAUGACUCACAACAUUGAUAAUCAUUGGCCACCGAUUUUGAUUCGGACUGGCGUUGUGUUGUAUUCCGUUGUAACUUGUAAGUAAACAAUUCUUCUUUCUUCACAUUUUCCUUUUUCAAUUCAUUCUUCUCUUGUUAUCACGUUCCCAUCACCACCACAACAAUCACCUAGUUUUCCCCAAAAAAAAUCAAUUUUUUUUACCUUCAUUCACAAUCCACUGAAUAAUUCAUCCCACCUACUUUCACUGUCACCCCUUUUUCCUGGGUGGAGAAAAGUUUCAAUUUUUCUUCAGAUCUCAGUCUAAAAAAUCAACACCCUGAAAAACCCAAUUUUGAUUUGUGUAGAUGUGAGUUUUGAGAAGGGAAAAUUCCAACAAUGUUUGGUGCUGUUCAAUUGGGGCUAUUUGCAGCAUGUGUUGUGUUGUUUGUUCCAAUGGGUAUGGCUGGUUGGCACUUGAGUCGUAACAAAGUACUAUUCUUUAGUGGUGCACUUUUCAUUACUCUUGCUGUUGGUGUUCAUUUAACUCCUUAUUUUCCUUCUGUUUCUGAUUUCAUUACAUCUGUUAAAUCGUCUUCUGUUGUUGACGAUGUUGUUGUUGUUGAAGAUCGUGAUUCGUGUGUUUCUUUGCUUCAUGAAAUUGCUUGGGAGGUUAUGCCAAGUAAGGUUUUUGAACCUUUUUUGAAUAACAAUUCUUUGAACUAUGACAAGUUUUGGUCUUGGAGUAGAAUGAAUUCUGUUGAAUCGUGUGAGUUUCAGAGGCUUAAGAGGAAUGAUGUUUUGGAUUUGCUUAAUGGGUCUUGGGUUAUGGUUGCAGGGGAUUCACAAGCUAGAAUCUUUACACUUUCUUUGUUGAGUUUGGUUUUGGAUUCGGAGAGGGUCGAAUCGGCUAGGAGUUUUUUGUUUAAAAGGCAUAGUGAUUAUCACAUUGUUGUUGAUGAGUUGGGUUUGAAAUUGGAUUUUAUUUGGGCACCUUAUCCUAAUAAUUUGACUAAUGUAGUUAUGGAGUUUAAGCAGAAACAUUUGUAUCCUGAUGUUUUGGUGAUGGGUUCUGGUUUAUGGCACAUGCUACAUGUUACAAAUGCGUCUGAUUACGGUGUCUUGUUGAGGUUGUUAAAAAAUUCUGUGGCAUCAAUGUUGCCUGUUUCACCGAAAUUCGGUAACGAUGAACCUGCGACGGGAUCUGUUUCGUCAGUUAGAUCUCCGCAUUUGUUUUGGUUAGGUAUGCCGACUUUGAUAAACUCUAUGUUGAAUACACAAAUGAAGAGGGAGAGGAUGAGUGAUGUAUUGCAAGGUGAGUAUAAGAGGGAGGUUCAUAAGAGUAGUAUAUUGAAGGAGCUCGGUGGUCCAUUUCAACUACUUGAUAUAGGAUCAUUGAGUUUGAAUUGUGGAAUCAAAUGUACAGAUGAUGGAAUGCAUUAUGAUGAAGCUGUUUAUGAAGCUGCACUUCAUGUUAUGUUCAAUGCAUUGCUUAUAGAAUCUCAUCAGAAGCUCUAAAGCUUACCGUGCUUGUGUUUCAAAACAAAAAUUUAUAUAGUUGCACCGAGCGUUAAACAGGAAGCUACGCCUUAGAGAGUUGGCUGGUUGCGUGAUGAGAUGUAAACAAACAUCUGCUAUAUGGCAUUGAUUCCUUCUUUGAUGAUGUGCUUGGCUUUCUAUGGUAAGGGAGAUAUACAUGGUAGGAUACACGUAAUGACUUUGAUUAUUAGAAGCAGAGUUUUUCUUCGAUCAUAGCUUGCAAAUUUUUGCCGGGUUGGUUUAGGACCUUACAGUCAUUUAGUUUUAGAGUGAUUUUUAUAGCAGAGCACAUUUGAAAUUCUUUUGUUUUCCUUUGUAUUUUCCACUGUAUGCUAACAAACAGCUCAUGUAUUAUUUAGUCACCAAAGUUGGAAACAAAAAUUUCUGUACAAACAAUUGAUACAUGCUUUUAAGUAACCACACAAUUUAAAUGGGAUUCAUUUCUAGUUCUUUUUAUGCUAACGUGAAUGUAGUUGCAUGUUGAUAUAUAAUGGUUUAUGUUUAUUAGUUUCAUUUUGGGUCAUCUUCAUGCUGUGUUAUGGUGGAACAGACUAGUUAAUUGCUGAGAUCAACCUUGAAACAACUGUUUGCUUUCUUAAUGUGUAAAUAUAUAGUAAUCAAUAAAAGGCUUAUGAAGUUUUGCUGACAUGAGUAGGAAUAACCUCAGGGCUUAACAGCUUCAUUGAUCUAUGAUGUCAUAAGGUUGAAUCACUUUACCUCUGGAGUUUAGGCGAUUUUUUCGUCAAAACUCGGAAUGAUCAUUCAUUUUUUUAUACUAACGGUAUGAGACACACCAAAUUCUACAGUUUUUAUUUAGUGGUGUAGAAUAAUGACUGUUAGGGAAGUAUUUAUAUCUUGUUACCCACAAGUUCCUUCAUUAGCUACUCGUCCUGCAGAGUUAUAACUUAAAAUGUUGCAGGCGCGGGCAUACUUUCCGGCCUUAUCUGUUUAGUCCGCGUGCCUAAACGGUCGAGCUGCACGUAUACCCGACUGUAAUGUAGUACUUUCUAGCAAAAACUAUUCAUUGUUCCCUUAUUAUAUACAAAAUUUUAGUAGGGAUGUUUCAGCCAUGACAUUGUACUAGAGAUGGCAAUACUAAUUGGUACCCUUUGUACUCAAGAAGAAUAUUGGAGAGUAGCAUGUCAUUAGUCUGAUUAGCUACCAGCUUGUCAUAUUCAUAAUAGAGAAAAAGUAUUUAGUU